CUGCCGGCCAGCGGUAUAAACAGAAUCAGCUGUUCGGCUAGGGACUGAUUUUAUGUAAUUGAAAUGGCCACGAAAUUGGAAAAUGCUGACUCAAAAUCGAGUAGUUUAAAGAACACACUAGAUGAUGCGUGGGCAAUUCGCCCCUGUCACUUGUACAAAGAGGAGUACGAUGACUGCACGAGCUUCAAGGCCCGCUUCCACCAGUACUUCAUAUUCGGCCAGGAUACUGACUGCUCCCAGUGGCUGACCGAUUACCGAAACUGCGAGCGCUAUCAGGAGUCCAACGGCAACGAUGUGGCGGCCGGAGAGUCCUUGGUCAAGAGCGAGGAGGAACGCCGUCGAAUUCGACUGCGCGCCCACUUUGCCAACGACACAUGGCAAAAACGGAAAGAGCCGCCGCAGGAUUGGGCCGCUCCACUGCCUGAUUGGAUGGAGAAGCGCAACGAAAACACCUAUCUGGAGCUGAAGCAGAGGGAGCUCUCCGGCCAGGAGGUGCCGAAGGGGGAAGAACGCUCAAUGUGUGCGAUUAUGUGAAAUAUACAUAUAAGUAGCUAAGGAAACAAAGACUAUUAUUUAAGGACUCCAUUUCAUCUCAAUGGUUUCAGUUAACUUGUUAAUCAAACAAUUCAUGUUCGGCCACCGGACUUGCGAUGGUCUGGCACCACUGUCAGCUGAUUUUCUCGAUGUAGCCAUCCUAGCUAAAUUUGACGUUAAAAUUAGCUAAAAAUAUCAGCAUUCGAUAAGACUUUAUAACUUUUUUUGCAGGUUUGCAUUAUGUACUUGGUUUUAAUUGUCGUGCAGGAUUUCGUUAAAAAAUAAAUGAUUUUAACUCUA